AUGUAUUUUACAGCCAGAUUAUCUGAAAUGGAGUCAAGUGCUAGCACUGCAGAUAAAGUCUCGAAGCUCCACAGCGAGAUAGCAAAUAUGAAAAGGGACUAUGAUAACUGGUCGAACAUUCUGGAAAAGAGCCAUUUAAAAGAACAAAACCAGAUUAAGCUUUGGGAAAAGGCUAUGGAAAAAGUUCAAGAAACGGUGAAAGACAACAGGGCCGAGACUACUUUUGAUGUUAGGAAUGACGAAAAUGAAAUUUUUUUGACUAUCGCGUACACGCCCACCCAAUCGAAGUGCAUAAAAAUAAAAAACAACUGCCACCUGAAGAGCUUUACAUUGCCCGAGGCCUUGGAGUGGAUUCAAACGAAUAUAGCAGGCCUAGAAGGAUCAAUAAAGAAAAUCGUCCUUGAUCAGAAUUAUGUGAGUUGUCAACAAGAAAAACUCUACUGGACGCAAAAAUAUUUAAGCAAAGGGGAGAAGGCACUACCUCAAGUCGCAGUGGGAACUGAGGAACAGACCGAAGUGAAUGGUGAUUUGGUAAAGACACCUAAUAACCUUACGGAACUCGUGAAUCCUAGUGAACCGGACUUAAAUGCAUUUAUGGUGACAGCAGAAGAGGACACUGCUUUAAUAAAUAAUUUGAAAGAUGAAGUUCUUGGUAUGCUAAGUAAACUUAUGAGCCUCAAUUCUGAAGUCUUGUCGAUGAUAGUCGAUUUGAAGGAUAUAAGAAAUAUUGAAGUCAGAUUGCUUGAAUAUAAUGAAAAUAAAACCGGUGGCACUAAAAAUGGGGUAGCUGAAAAGCAAUCUGACCUUAGCAAAUUAAGUGACGACUUUUCGGGUCAAGUUAACUCGAGCGAAAGUAUUACAAAAAAAAUCGAAUCGAAUGCAAAUUAUAGCGGUGAAAAUAACUAUAGGGAGAAUUAUUGCCUUCAUUUAAAUUUUUUUAUAAAUCCUGCCAAUAAAGUCACCAUUUCUAGUAUAGAUUUUGAGAGAAAAGAAAACACAUUAGAGGCUGAAGAAGAAACAUCUGGAACACAACCUAUUGAAAUCCGUACAGAAAAUGAGUCAGAUGGCUCAAAACUCAAUUCAGAGCAAAAUUCCAAUAGUACUCAACAUGGAUUCCGGUUUCCGAAAGAUUUAAAUGGGACCCAAUCAUUAGAGUGUGAUUUGAAGGAUUGUCUAGAUCAAUACAUGAGUGGUGGUAUGAAAACUUUGAGCGGCCAAAAGGAAUCUGCACCAGAAAAAAUUAUGAAACAUAAUGAAUCCUCUGAAGGGAUGUGCACGUCAAAAUGUGAAAAUGACUUGGUUUCCUGUCCUCCUAUUAAUGAUAUUUUAUUUGACUCUACAGAAGAAGAUAAUACAACUGGUGGCGAUCCCACUAAUAUUAAUCUGAACGCAAAUCAUUCAAAUGGUGAUUAUAAUCUUUCCUAUUCUAAAUCUGAAAAUCUGAACGAUAAUGCAGGGGAUACAAUUAUAAAUGAUGAGUCCUUAUAUAAGCUUCCUGACGUUUUACGAGACUAUAAUUUUGAAAACACCGUGAAUGAGAAAAACUAUACAGAAAGUCCAUCAAAGAGUAUUUCUAAAAAAGGAAAUAGUAGUACCAUUAAAAUAGAAAUUGAGUCCGGAACAGAAAGAAAAAAUUCAUAUAUUUCAGAUACACCUUUCGCGAUGGUUACAAUCCACCUGUGCAAUGAUGUUAAAAAUUCCGAGGAUUCUUUUGAUUUAGCUGUGACUGAUGAUAUGAAAUCUAUAAUAACCAAAAAUAAAACCUAUUCGGGGCAAAAUAUGAAAUAAUAUAAUGAGCAUUUCGUUACGGAAGUUGAAGUCAAUAUGUUUAUAUUCUUUAUAAAUUUAUAAUUUUGUAAAAUACCCAUAAUGAUGCUUUAUAUAAUAUUGUAAAUUAUAACACAAACUAAUAUUUCUUGA